AUGGAUGUCGUGGUGGAACUGACGGUGGUGAGACAGUAUGUCGAUAAAGCCGACAUCCUGGAGUUCAUCUCCAUUAUUAAGAUCCUCAGGCUGUUCAAGCUGACGAGGCACAGUCCUGGCCUGAAGAUCCUGGUGCAUACCUUCAAGGCUUCAGCCAAAGAACUGACGUUACUGGUGUUUUUCUUGGUGCUUGGCAUCGUGAUAUUUGCGAGCUUAGAUAACCCUGACAAUCAAUUCAAGUCUAUCCCUCUGGGGCUAUGGUGGGCCAUCGUGACGAUGACCACCGUCGGCUAUGGAGACAUGGCCCCCAAGACGUACCUGGGUAUGUUCGUGGGGGCUCUGUGCGCGUUGGCUGGUGUGCUGACCAUCGCCCUACCUGUGCCUGUCAUUGUGUCCAACUUCUCAAUGUUCUAUUCACAUACUCAGAACCUUCGGAGGAAGCCGAAUUCAGAAGUUCCUAUCGAAAUUCGAUCUUAUGAUUUCGAUAACUGA